AUGAGACGCUGUUUCUUUUCUGUUUCCUCUAUCAAAACCUCCAUCAAGGCCAUCGGCUGGCGCGAAGAGUUCAUCCAACCGUUGCGUGAGCUCGUAGCUCUCGUCCAUAACCUCAUCAAACACACUUUUCUAUUCGCGAAAUACAUUUUCCUGUCAGAGUUGUCAAAUGGAUUUGAGCUUCACGCUUAUGUCCAAGAAGGCUUUUUCGUUGAAGUCUUCCUCUCGCUCACAAACAGACGAACGAGAAGCAGCACCGUCAGAGCGGCGACCAGAACCUAUCGCGAUCUGACCAAUCCGUAUGUCGAAUCGUUUUGCGGCCACGCAUCGUUCACGCCACCAGAUCUACCAAACGUCCAGCAAAUUGCACUAUAUCAAGUAAAGCAGAUAUUUACCGCUUACAUCAAUAAUAUCAAAGAACGAUUUGGACCGCAUUUGCGGCGACUGGUUAAUUUGCUUCUUGUCAUAAAAAACCGGCAAAACAACCUUAAAGCACAAUUGCAAAACGAGGGCCUAUCUCAACGUGAAAUAUCAGCAAGACUUUCAACAAAAAAUCUACGAGCCCGCUACGAAGUCCAAGGUUGA